GGGGUGGGAAGUUGUAGGAAAGUCUAGGAUUAUCUUUAUGCUUCUUGAGUUCGCGCCGCCCUCUGCCGGAGCAGGUAAAGCGAGACUGCGAGACCUCGGCAACCCGGCUGACCGGGCUCUAGUCGGCUUCCGGCGCCGAACCCUCACCCGAGGGGUGUGGUACCUCGAGGCUCCGAACCCCUUUCCAAGGUUUCCUUGUGACCUCUGGUUCGGGGAGUCCCCGGCCCCCGUUCCUUUCCGUGGAGUGAGGCCCCGCUCGGCUUCCCUGGUGUCCGUGCAGACCUGCCAUGGGCAACACGAGCAGCGAGCGCGCCGCGCUGGAGCGGCAGAGUGGGCAUAAGACCCCGCGGAGGGACAGCUCGGGGGGCGCCAAGGACGGGGACAGGCCCAAGAUCCUGAUGGACAGCCCCGAGGACGCCGACCUCUUCCACUCGGAGGAAAUCAAGGCCCCAGAGAAGGAGGAAUUCCUGGCCUGGCAGCAUGACCUGGAAGUGAACGAUAAAGCACCCGCCCAGGCGCGGCCGACUGUGUUCCGAUGGACAGGGGGCGGAAAGGAAGUCUAUCUGUCUGGGUCCUUCAACAACUGGAGUAAACUUCCUCUCACGAGAAGCCACAACAACUUCGUAGCCAUCCUGGAUCUGCCCGAAGGCGAGCAUCAGUAUAAGUUCUUUGUGGAUGGCCAGUGGACACACGACCCUUCCGAGCCAGUAGUAACCAGCCAGCUUGGCACAGUUAACAACAUCAUUCAAGUGAAGAAAACUGACUUUGAAGUAUUUGAUGCUUUAAUGGUGGAUUCCCAAAAGUGCUCCGAUAUGUCUGAGCUGUCCAGUUCACCGCCAGGGCCCUACCACCAGGAGCCCUACGUCUCCAAACCCGAAGAGCGGUUUAAAGCGCCCCCCAUCCUCCCACCGCAUCUGCUGCAGGUCAUCCUGAACAAGGACACAGGGAUUUCGUGUGAUCCCGCCUUGCUCCCGGAGCCCAACCACGUCAUGUUGAACCACCUCUAUGCUCUUUCUAUCAAGGACGGAGUGAUGGUGCUCAGCGCAACCCACCGGUACAAGAAGAAGUACGUCACCACCUUGCUCUACAAGCCCAUAUGAAGUGCUGGGGGCAGACAGCAGGCCGCAGAGAACCACCACCACCACCACCACCACCAGGCUCCACGCGUGCAUGCU